CCUAACUCUAUAGACACCUCACUCAACAAAUUAGAGCACUGGUUACCAAACACAGCAAGUUUAUCCCCUACAGAUCAAUGUUGCAUCUCCCCAAGUCAACAUCCUCCAAAUAAAUCUCCUUGUACAAAAUCAAAAGCUCAACUUG